AACACAUAGAGCCAAGCGAGAAAAGGCAGUCAAGCAACAUGAGCGUAAGCAACGGCAACGCGCCAAGCGGCCCGACGGCAGCCCAGCCGCAGCCGCAGCUGCACGGCAACUUCAUCUUCUUCAUCCCGCCGCCGCCCACGGUCUGGGUGCAGUUCAACGACGGCAUGCAGGUGGGCUUCACCCCGGCUCCGGCUCAGUACCUGCAGUCGGUCUUGAACGGAGCGCCGCUGUUCGGAUCGAUGCCCGGCGCCGCCAAUGGCAACGGCACCGACGGGUUCCUGAACGUGCUGAACGAGCUGUCCCAGCGCGCGCAGGCGCAGCAGCACGGCCCGCCCCCGACGAGCAAGCCGUUCCUGGACAAGCUGCCGGUGAAGAUCUGGACCACCGACAUGCAGAAGACCGAGACUCACACGGAGUGCGUCAUCUGCCUGAGCGACUACGAGAAGGACGACAAGGUCAUCACGCUCCCGUGCGGACACACGUUCCACAAGGACUGCGGCAUGACGUGGCUGGUGGAGCACAACGUCUGCCCCACGUGCAGAUACGAAUUGCCCAAGCAGACGGAGACGACUAUGGCAACGGCACAGACUGCCACGCAGACGACUCCGGCACCCGCGACAGCAGUGGCGUCAACUACGGCCCAGCCGGAGCCCGAGCCGACCUCGCAGGAUACCACCACGAACGUCACGGGCGUGCGUCGCCAGCGCCCGACGGAGACGUUCCGCCCGCGCGACGUGCGCCAGCGCGUGCACGAGCCUGCAUCAGUGGAUGAGGACGCCGAGCUAGACAACAUGCUGGAGGAGGAGGCCGACCGCUUCGUGAAGGAGGAGAUGGAGAAGCGCCACGUCGCCUCGAGCGACGACGGUAUCGAGAUCGAUGACCGCGACGUGGACGAGUUCAUCCACGAGACGUCGAGCAACUAAAGCGUCCUCGACGAUGUCUGCGAAUAGCGAUUGUAAAUUAGAAGUAGUGUGGCAUAGAGCCGAGUAGUAGUAAGGAGAAGGAAGAUCAAUAAAUUAUCAUGAACAUG